GCUAUCAGUAGUAGGGGAGCAAGAAAGGGCCAAGCUGUAUUGCGAAGACGUCGACAAUGGCCGGCACCAACAAAUUCUUCUCUACAACGCACGACAAUACAAUCUGCUCCAACAACAAUGGGUAAUUUCAGACGCAAAGCUUGGCAGGAGAUAUCGAAUCGCCCUAUCGAGUUCCUUUCAGUUCCAUGUGUUGCUGCUUUUGUUGGGAUUUUGACCAAUUGGAUGGGAGUGAAAAUGCUUUUUUAUCCCGUCGAGUAUCGCGGGCUGGAUUGGAAGAGGUGGGACAAAACACCUUAUGGACUUUUUGGAUGGCAAGGAGUGGUUCCUACUAAAACCGACCUUAUGGCAAGACGUCUUGUGAAAAUUAUAACCGAUAAACUAUUAUCUCUCGAGGAGGCUUUCGGCCGGUUGGACCCGAAUGAAUUGGGGCAAUUGCUCCUACCGGGCAUCGAAGACGCCGUUGACUCCGCUCUUGCAGGGUCGGAUCGCAUGGGUGGAAAUUUGUAUGCAUGGGGGGUGAAGAAAAUCCUGCCGUGGUUAAUGCCCCAUAUAGUAACUAGCUUGAAACAAGAGAUCGAUCAAGUCCUCGACCUCGAAACGAUUGUUUUGUCGGCCUUCGUUCGCGACAAAGCCACCCUCGUCGAUCUAUUCCAGAAGGUUGGCCGAGUGGAGCUCGACUUCUUGGUGAAUUCCGGGUUCGGUUUGGGCUUCAUCUUGGGACUAGGGCAGAUGGUCUUUUGGGCUGCGCAUCCCGUUGCCUGGACGCUACCGGCAGCUGGUGCUUUUGUGGGCUACGUUACGAACUGGAUCGCUAUCCGCAUGAUUUUUGAACCAGCCGAACCGGUAGAAAUAGUGGGCGGCCUCUUUGAAAUCCAAGGCAUGUUUGAAAGCAGACAAAUAGAGGUCAGCGACGAGUUUGGAGACUUUAUGCAGAAGCGUGUCUUGACAGCCGGUGACCUGUUGAAGGAUUUGUCGUUGGGUGGAGAAGACGGUGAACUGUUCAAGUUCCUUCGGCGACACCUGCCGUAUCCGAUCCCCUCCGAAAUUCUAUCGGCCGCAGUGGAUGGGGUGGCCAAUAUCGCCGCCGACCCCAUAAAAUAUGCAGAUGUUCACAAAUACGUCAACGAACGACUCGACAUCAGCGACACACUGGCUCGGCGACUCAAAGUGUUGAGUCCAACCGAGUUCGAAGAUCUCUUGCACCCCGUGUUUCAAGAAGACGAAAUAACAUUGAUCGCAACUGGGGGAGUCCUCGGUCUCGCGGCGGGGGGCCUUCAGACCCAAUUGGGAUGGGGUGGGGCCAACGCGGUUCCACGAGCGAUCGGUACGAUUGUCUUCACAUUGUUUUCCUCUCUGUUCUUUUUCCUCGAGCAAGAAUACGAGUUGGAUCACGACGAGCCUCUGGUAUCGACAGAACGUCCCCAACUACGACGACGCGAAACUGUCGUGCGCCGGCGAACACAGAUUCCCGAGGAUCGAUCAAACUGAUAGUGGUUAUGGUAUGGCUGCGAUGCCGAGGUCGCUGGAAUGUUGUAACUUCAAAAGGUUGGUGCAACCGUGGAGAAUGAGUCUACGUCGUUCUCUUAAAAAAGCAUACGUAGAAAACCUUUGUUAAAUAGAACUAUUGAAAUAGACAUUAAAUAACAGA